ACAUCCUGGCAAAAAGAAUCAUGGAGAGGAUGAAGGGGCGUCCAUCACAAAAAUUUAAAGUCCUAAGCUAGGUUACAGUUUGAGAUGUUGCAAUAGUCGCAACGCGCAGGUGUUGUUUCAGGCGAGGAAUGGAUCAGCUCCAUAAGGACUUCCAGCAGGUCAUAUGCAGCAUGCAGUACAGCUUGAUAUUCGGCCCUCUCAAUGAAGGAUCUUUUACUGCUGAUUUGGUUUUUGGAAGAAGUGCUGCACAGGAACAGAGAGCGGUUGCUGCCUCGCCCUGCUUAGUAAGCAGUGGAGGGGCAUCGAGUGGCAGCCGUCUUGUGUGGGCCAGCUCUGAGAGGGUGCCAGUCUGAGCACUGCAGGUGCAGAGGGUCAGCUUGCGGAAGCGGUCAGCAAUGCUGACUUGUAAGCAGCAUUGUCAGGGGACAACAUUGGCCUUUUCCGGCAGCACUUUUCAUGUUGGCCGUGAGAGGGAAACUGAGGUGCUGAGGAAGAGAUCUAAAGGCUUUGGCAGCUGGCAAAGUGGGGCAAAGCAUACACAUAUGCAAAGAACCCUGGCGUCUUCUGGAGGAGGCAACGCUGGCUCUACAUAUCCAGGACAAGCAAAUGCUGAACAGAAGUCAGACCUCUACAAGGAACAGGCAGCCGCUUACAUCAAAUGGCGGCCGACGUAUCCAGCGACUUUCUUGCAAGGCUUGGCGAAAUUAGCACCGGCUCGCGAGUUGCUGUGGGACGUGGGCACGGGGAGCGGCCAGGCCGCCGUCGGACUCGCGCCGCAUUUCGACCGAGUGGUGGCCACUGACGUCAGCCCCUGGCAGCUGGCGCAGGCGCCACGUGUCUCCAACGUGACGUACAUAGUGACAUCAGCGGAGAUGGGCACGGAGGAGCUGGCUGAGGUCCUCGGCGGCCUCGCCACCGUCGAUCUGAUCACCGUCGCCUCCGCGCUCCACUUUUUCGACGUCCACAAAAUGACCCAACAGGCGCUCGCCGCACUUAAACCCCUCGGGGUUUAUGCGCCCUUCACGUACAACAUGCCGGCGUUUGCGACGCCCCGGCUUGACGUGGCAAUGGAAGCAAUCCUGGUCGCUAUGGCAGGUCCUAAUUACCGAUUAGAGGCUGCGAAGCGCGAGUGUAAUCCGCUAGAUGGGUAUAAGAACAUGCACUUUCCGUUCGAGCCGGUCGAGGGGCGGACGGAAACGGAACCCCGGUUGACCCACAUGCGGUUCGUGUGGCGGUUUGAGAACGUUGUUGGGUUUAUGGAGAGUACGAGCUAUGCAAAGCGGUUAGCGGAAAUGCCGACCGGAAAAGAGCUUUUAAGGGAGCUCGAAGCGGCGUGGGUAGCGGGUGGGGAGGAGCAAGAGGUUGUGUUUAAGCUGUGGUCGAGAGUGGGCAGGAAGCCGAAGUGACCGCUGUACGUUAGUUGACCAGUUGACUAUUGUUGGGUAACGGGGGUUGUAAGUUCGCCCGAUCCGGCUUGUGACCGACAAGGACGCCGUCGGACCACCCCAAAUGAAAGCUGCUUCAAGUCAAAGCACGCGGCCAUGGCUCUGAAAACAACACUUCCGUUCCCUGCUAUAUGCGUGGAAGGAGUUGUGAGAAAAGACAAAGCAUUUGUAUGCUUACUUAUACUAAGCUCAAGGUACACGUUG